AUGUUCCUCGCGUGUCAUUUGCAGCACCUUCCACAGAAUGGAUGGAACGGAAGGCUUCCGCAGUGGGGAGGCAAUGGAGCCUGCUCGGUAGACAUGUACCACCCACAGCAGCAGCAACCCUGUCACGGUAGUUGUGUAGGCCCUGCUUAUCAAGAGGCUCAACCUACGAUGCAUGUGGCAAGCUACCCGAUGGACAAUGCACAGCACGCCUUUCAGCAACUCCAGGGCUUCCAGGGUUGUGGAAUGAUGGGGGAAUCAGUUCCAAUGUCGGAGUCAAACCUUAGCUUCGGACAGAGAAGCUGGCAGGGUGAAGGCACCAACUGGUGCGAUCCUAGCUUGGCACACUUGACCCCCAAAGGGCAAGCUGAGCUCGGGCCGUCACAACCAACUUCGUGGAAGGAACUGAAGUGUGAGGAGGUGGACGAGGACUUUGAGCGUGACGUGACCCACGCGGUGGCCAUGUUUCUUCAGGGCAAUGACAUGGACAUGGACUCUGAGGAGGACGGUGAGCUUGAUGACCUAGCCAAAUCACAGACGCCCACCAGGGCACCAGGACCUGUGAAUACCCCACCCGGGGAUGAAGAGCUGGAGAAGGUCAAUCGCGACCCGCAACUCUUGUCUCAAAUUUGCCAAUUUGCCAAGAGGCUCCAGCAGCUGGGCCAUCCAGACAGUCACAUGCCACCCGAGAUGCCAGAGGAAACUGGCUCCAUGGAGCCUCAGCUUCCUGAGAAUCUUCACUAUCUUCACGCCAGUGUGCUGAAGCUGUUUGAUCACGUGACCUCGAGUCAAGAGAGUCCAGCUCCAUCUUUUCCCAUGCCAGGUGCACAACCUGUCCCAGCUCCACAGAAUGCCCUUCCAAAGCCUUCACUCCAGCUGGAGCAUUUGGUUUGCAACCCAUCAGGCCGCCGGUCGCCCGUUGGGCCAGAGCUUCAGCGUGGGCAGUGCAUCGGUGCCUUGCUCAAGAUGAAGCCUUUGCCGAAAGGAGUCACUGCUUCGCAGUUGGCAAUCUUGCAGCUGCGCGUCACGGAGGUCAUCAAGAAUUUGGUCCACAGUCGAGUGCCGGCCACCCUCGGCAACAUCACGGAAUGUUUGCGAGGUGCAGGAGUUGGAGAACCUGCUUGCAAAGCUUUGCUCAAUCUUUGCCACAUCUUCUCCAGCACCUUUUGCCUAUGGGUGCCAGAAGAAGGUGACGUGAGCAUAGUGCUACUUGAGGAGCCGUUACCUCCGCUACCAGAGAAGAUCAUCCAGCGGUUGCACAUGUCCGUAGCAAGGCGGCUCAAGCACAAAUUGAAUAUGAUGAAUUUGGCGUGCAUGCGCGAGGCAGCCGAUCCAAGUAGCCGCCAGUGGGCGGAGGAACUGGCCAGGGAUGGAGUGACCACGUUGAUGAUCAAGAAUCUCCCAACAAGCCUCCACCAACCAGAGGUCAUGUAUGAGAUAGACAACACGGGCUUUGGCGGGAACUACGACUUCUUCUACAUGCCAGGGAACUUCACCGGCGGUCACCACAAGUCUUUGGGCUACGCCUUUCUGAACCUGAAGGACAUCCAAAGCAUGAAGGACUUUGUGACAGUCUGGCACAACACUACCAGGCUGGGUGCCAAAGAGUAUCCUUUGAAGCUUUGCGCGGCCCAUGUGCAAGGCCGCGACGCCAAUGCGAAGAGCUUUGGCCCAAAAACGGAGCGUAUCCGCAACCCAUCCUUUCGACCCGUGAUCUUUGGCCCGUCCUCGGAGAAGUCAGAGGAGAUGAGUUGA